AUGUCAGGUGGUAAAGGAAAAGUCGGUUCAUCCGAAAAAGCUUCAACUUCUAGAUCGGCUAAGGCUGGUUUGACUUUCCCAGUCGGUAGAAUUCACAGAUUGUUGAGAAAGGGUAACUACGCACAAAGAGUUGGUUCUGGUGCCCCAGUUUACUUGACUUCCGUUUUGGAAUACUUGACUGCUGAAAUCUUGGAAUUGGCUGGUAACGCUGCUAGAGACAACAAGAAGUCGAGAAUCAUCCCAAGACAUUUGCAAUUGGCCAUCAGAAACGAUGAGGAAUUGAACAAGUUGUUGGGUCACGUCACCAUCGCUCAAGGUGGUGUCUUGCCAAACAUUCACCAAUCCUUGUUGCCAUCUAAGAAGUCUAUCAAGGGUGCUUCUCAAGAAUUGUAA